AUGACUUCUAUCCGUCGCGUUAAAGUUGUCAAGAAGCUCGCCGAUGAUGCUGUGAGAUUGUCAAACGUCUUUAUACCGCGUAUUGAUCGACAGAACGACGAUUACAACAACCAAAAUGGAGCUCCAAAACCUGAUACCUGGAGUGAUCCAGGGCCCAAAGUUCCCAAAGAACAACUCGUCGCUGUCAAGGACAAUAUAGCCACGGUCGACUUCCCAACCACUUGUGCCUCUGGUAUUCUCCGGAACCAUCAAAGUCCAUUCGAAGCCGAUGUGAUCACCCGGCUUACCAUUCCUGAUAAACCGGGAAGAAGGGUUAUCACAGGGAAGACGAACAUGGAUGAGUUUGGCAUGGGGUCCCAUUCGACAAACUCAUUCUUUGGACCUGUCAGGAAUACCGGCCAGUUUGAUACGUAUUCUGUUGGGGGAAGCUCAGGUGGCAGUGCAGUUGCGGUGGCUAAUGCACAAUGUCCUGUUGCCUUAGGUACGGACACAGGAGGUUCGGUCAGGUUACCAGCAGCCUAUACGGGCAUAGUAGGGUUCAAACCUUCGUAUGGACUUGUAUCACGCUGGGGCGUAGUACCUUAUGCCAAUUCCCUGGAUACCGUUGGGUUCCUGGCUUCAAAAACGAAAGCUAUUCGCUACGCCUUCAAUCAUGUCUCUAAGUUCGACAUCAAGGAUCCAACCUCAAUAUCACAAGAGUCACGAAAGAGAAUGGACUUGCACAGGAAGAGAGACUUGCGACAGGAGUUUCAAAGGCAAAAGAGAAGUGGUGAACUUGAUCCUACGGAAAAACUGGCCUUCAACAACAUAAAGAUCGGUGUGCCACUGGAGUACAACAUAGAGGAACUCGAUCCGGGUGUACGCCAAGCAUGGCAAGAUGCCCUGCAGAUUCUGCAAGAAGGCGGCGCAACUAUUGUACCGAUAUCUCUUCCAAACACGAAGCAUGCUCUCUCAGCAUACUAUGUUCUUGCGCCAGCUGAAGCGGCCUCGAAUCUGUCGAAAUACGACGGUGUGAGAUAUGGCACUCGUUCAAAGUCUGAUGAUGGCGCUGGAGAUGUUUUGUAUUCGAAGACACGUGGUACAGGCUUUGGUAAUGAGGUCAAGAGGCGCAUCCUUCUCGGCUCUUAUACCCUGAGUUCAGAGGCGAUCGACAAUUAUUUCAUCAAGGCCCAGAAAGUGCGCAGAUUAGUCCAACGAGACUUUGACCGAGUGUUUGCAAUAUCGAAUCCUCUCCGGAACCCAGAACAAUUUGAUCUUAGCAACAUGGAUGAAUCGAUCCAGCUUGACGACAAGCUCGGUCCCCCUCAGGUUGAUUUCAUCGUUUGCCCUACGGCCCCGACACCCCCGCCAACCUUGAAGGCGGUCUCCGAACUGAGGCCAGUUGACACUUACAUGAACGAUGUUUUCACCGUACCUGCUAGCUUGGCUGGUCUCCCUGCAAUUAGCAUUCCUUUUCUGAUAAUUUCGGAAGACGAAACCGCGAGUGUGCCAAGUUUUGCAGGUAUACAAAUUAUUGGGCAGUACUCUGAUGAUGACCGAGUUCUUAUGGUGAGUAGGUUGCUUGAAAAGGCUUUGACGAAUUAUUCGCUGGUACGAACCUACUUUACACAAACACAAAGAAUUAGGAAAUGCCUGAGUGGUCCUUCCCUGUCACUACCUGCCCCUGCCGCAGUCAGUUAUAAUGUAUACAACUCUGAACGAGAAUUUCUUCGGUCGAAGCUCAAUAAGUGGAAAUUGAAACAGAGGCUUCGCGGAUCAGAAUCUGAAGAACGGACCCAAGAAUUCGACUACGUUCUUGGCGCGUGGUAG